AUGUCCUCGGUCCCCUUGAAGGCACUUUCUUCGCAGGCGGCCAUUCUGAAGGGUCUGGCGGAAAGGAAAAAGCUACAAAUCCACUCUGCUGUCUCCACCACCCUCACUGCACGCCUUCCUUUCUCUCCCCUCCGAAAUUUGAAGCUGCAUCGUGCCAGUUUUUCCCAGUCUCAGCUCACAAUGUUUCAGGAUUGGCCAGCCUCCUAUUUGGACUGCCAACUUCGACGUUCCUCCUCCCUACCACAGGUCGCAGCCUCAAUUCUUGCGACCUCUGUCCUCUCGGAGUGGACCCCCGACUACCCCUUCGAACCCUUUGUCACCGCGACAGCCUCUCUCGACUUAGCAGCGGGAGACUUAGCGUCUGCUGCUGCUACUGCUGAAGUGUCCUCAGUGCUGCCUUAUUGGCCUGCCAGAUGUCUCAGCUGUCCAGCUCGCCUCGUAGCCGCAGGUCCCGAUGUUGCUCCCUCGUCACGGGGUCCCCUCAUCAUUGUCACCAGUGCCUUCCGACGUUGUCUGUCGCUAGGCAACUUAAAGUUGCAACCAAUGGCCUUUACCUCUCGAACUUGCCGCUCAGCUGCUGCUGCUGCUGUUCUGCUUGAUAAAAACUGCGGUGCAGGGAAG